AUGGCGGCGCCGGACGGACAUCCAAAGCCAAUGGCAUCCACUCCGCCGGGACCAAAGCCGAUCGGAGGCUACUAUCACACGGUCGACCCCAACUAUGAAUCACCUCUUGAGGGUAGCAACUACAUAUUUGUCCCGUCGUCACCGGCGACCCGCGGCUUCCGAUUCCGCCUGGACUUUCUUCCGGGAGGCAACAAUGGUGCCUGGGAAAUCGCAGACAGCCGUGGCAGCCUCAUCCUCCUCUACCGAGGCGUCCAGUUAAUCCCCAACAUGCUGAACGAGCAGACUGCAGCAGCUGGGAGCCGCCACAAUCCUGGGUUCGUCGUGUGCGACCCGCUGACGCGGCAAUACAAGGCAGUCCCUUGCCGGCCGGAAGACAUGGAAGGCCACCAGUUCCUCGGCCUGUUCCUCCUCCACGGCGACCAAACCAAUCAGCAAGCAGGCGGCGGCCACAUCAGUUUGUCCAACUUCAGAGUUAUGGCUGCUCUGCACCGGCCCCACUGCUGCAGUUCCAGCCAUGGAGUGCCGGUGGCCCACGUGUUCUCCAUGGGGAGCGAGGUGGAGGGAGCGUGGAGCAGCGUCUUCUGUUUGGGGAGCGAUUGGCACCUCGUGAAGAGGGCCUGGAGCAGCGAGGAACCGAUCAAUAUUCCGAACACGGUCAAGUCUUUCUACUUCGCAGGCCGCGCAUAUGGAUCCCUGUAUUGGGGUAUCCAAGGCACUGGCACGGCGCUUGUUCUUAACGAGGCAACCGCAGAGUUCACGAUGGUUACGCUGCCACAGAUCAUGCUCGGAUCGUGCGGAAGAUGCAGCUUCCGGUUCAUUAGCCGCCAGGACGACGGCGCUCUGCGUGUCGUCUGCUUGGUAGACAACAACCUCAAGGUCUUUGUUCGUCGUAUCAUCCAUAGUAAUAGUAGUCGUCACGACGAGUGGGCGGUCGAGGGUCUGGUGCGGCUGCGGGAAGCCACACGCGGACUGCCGGGCCACGAAGACGGCUAUUUCCAGGAUGAUGAGGCUAUUAUUGUUGACGCGCAGGAGACGUACGUCCUCUUGACACCACGGAACAAGACAUGGCUGUUCUCAGUCGUGCUCGAGACCAUGGAGGUCGACCGCGGACAUGAGAGGAACAAGUACGCAGGGCCGGCGUACCCAUGGGAGCUGCCACCAACGAUAUGGUCGCCAAUCUUCUGA